UCUCCCGGGGGGAGUUUAAAAGGCUCGGCAGUCACUUGAGAAACGUCACAGCUUACCUACCUGUCUCUUCUCUCAAUUUGUCAUUUCUCUCACUUCUAGCAUCCACUUGUAAAUCUUACUCCAUAUUCUGUUCUUGCAGCAUCUGUCUCACGCGAUAUAUAUUAAUCUCUCCAUCUCUCGGUCUCUCCUACUACCAUUAUGAGUCUGAGCCGGUCCAAGCGGAUCAGCACCACCGGCUCGAUGCGCAGCGGCAGCGCCGUUCAACGGAGGCUCAGCGGCUACGGUGGCCAGGGAGCGGGCGGUUUCAGCGGCAUGUCUCUGAGCAGCAGCUCGCUGUACGCGGGCACCAACGGGCACCACUCUUGCCUGGCCUCCCCGCUAGCAUCGCUGUCAAUUAACAAGAGCCUCCUGGCACCGCUCAACCUGGAGAUAGACCCCAACCUGUCCAUGAGUCGAGCGCACGAGAAGGAGCAGAUCAAGAGCCUCAACAACCGCUUCGCCAGCUUCAUAGACAAGGUGCGUUUCUUGGAGCAGCAGAACAAGAUGCUGGAGACCAAGCUGGACCUGAUGCAGGGCCAGGGGGUGGGCCGCUCUAACGUGGAGCCCCUGUUUGAGGUUUACAUGGGGGGCCUGAGGCGCCAGAUGGACCUGGUCAACAACGACAAGACCAAGCUGGACGGAGAGCUUAGAAACAUGCAGAUCCUUGUGGAGGACUUCAAGCACAAAUACGAGGAUGAGAUCAACAAGAGGAACAAUCUGGAAAAUGACUUUGUCAUCCUCAAGAAGGACGUGGACUCAGCCUACCUGGUGAAGGCAGACCUGGAGGAUAAGGUCGGUUCGCUGACGGACGAGAUCAACUUCCUGAGGAACAUCUACGACGAGGAGCUGCGGGAGCUGCAGGCCAGCAUCAAGGACACGUCGGUGGUGGUUCAGAUGGACAACAGCCGCAGUCUCAACAUGGAGCAGAUUGUGGCCGAGGUCAAGGCCCAGUAUGAGGACAUCGCCGCCCGCAGCCGCGAGGAGGCUGAGGACUGGUACAAGAGCAAGUUUGACCAGAUGGCGACGCAGGCCAGUCAGUUUGGGGACGAACUCCGCGUGGCGAAGGCAGAGCUGGCCGAGGUCAACCGACUGAUCAGCCGCCUGCAGAGCGAGAUAGAGGCUGUUAAGACCCAGCGUAUGAGCCUGGAGAAUGACCUGACCGAGGCAGAGGAACGUGGGGAGCUGGUGGUGAAGGAGGCCAAGGCCCGGAGCCGAGACCUGGAGGAUGCUCUGCAGAGAGCCAAGCAGGACAUGGCCCGCCAGCUCAGAGAGUACCAGGACCUGAUGAACCUGAAGCUGGCCUUGGACAUCGAGAUCGCCACCUACAGGAAACUACUGGAAGGAGAAGAGGACAGAAUUGGACAACAGUCUAUUCUUAACAUCCAGUCUGUCCCCAACUACAGUUCGAAGAGUACUAAUGGUUUCCAAAGUAACGGCGGUUCUCCUGGAUCAAGAAUCCUGAUCAAAACCACUGAGACCAGAGACAGCUCAAGAUACUCCUCCCACUGAUACAUACACAUGCACACUCACUGAUACACACACACACACACACACACACCUCUCUCUGAUACAAAUACACCUCUUAUUGAUACACACACCAUACAAAAACACCCACACUCCUCUCACAGACACACAAAUACACUCUUUCUCUCGCCAUCUGUCACACACACAAACACUCACCCACACACACACAACCACACACAACCACACCCUGGACGUGAGUUUAAGGAAGUUUAGAGAAUGUAGCGCUCGUAAAAGGCCAUACUUUAAUAACUUGCCCUUCAUGAUUUAAAGUGUAUUCAAUAAAGUGUAAUCAAGCUUUUAAUCUGGGACAUGGGAAUAUACUUUAGACACAAUAUAUAAAAAAUAUUUUAAUAGCGAGGCUCAGAUUCGAUAAAUAAUACUUUAUAUUGUGCAUAUGGGUCCUUUCAUACUCUUAUACUGGGUUUUUCAUGAUUCAAAACAUUUCAGUCUUGGUAAAAGAUCCAUCGUAAGAUAUACUGUAUAAUUAAUGCAGUGUUAAUAAUACUCUUUUAUUAAUACUGUAUUAUUAUUCUGCAUUGUAAUGUGUUAUUAAUACUGUAGAAUAGAUCUGUAGCCUGGUGCUGUGAGGUGGUAGUGUGGAUAUGAAUAAACGAUUUCUUCAUAGUGAUUUCUGGAUAUAUAUAUAUAUAACUAUGAUAUUAUUCUACAAUAAUAAUAAAACCUCACUGAGACAAAA